CGGUAGAUUUCGGUGAGCACAAUAUCCAAAAUCAUCGUCAUCGUCAUCGUCAGUUUCGGUUGGCGUGAUAAGCGAAGCGAGUACCUUUACGAGGAACACUCACAGCUCCGGAGUUUAGUCAGUCGUCAGGAGGAGCAGCAGCGAACGUUUCUGUCGGGAUCAGGAUCCAGCAGAAGGACACUUUUUCCGAACCUCUAAAAACCUAUCUCUGUCUCUCAUUCGGAUACUCGCCUUGAACCGAAAAGAAAAAUACACACAAUGGAAAUUUGGUGAAAACGGGACAUUAGUUUUCGGAACGAUCCGUGUCGAAUCGAGUCCGUGAUUCGGGGUUCAACGUGUUAUUCUAUUUUACUGGAAUUCUCCGAACCUGCAAUUGUCACCGUAAAUUGUAGCAAAUUCCCCUGCUACCAUGUGGAUUCCGAAGGAUUUCAUUCUGCUAUUGAAGUAGAGGAGAAAAAAAAUCACGGAUAAUGUCGCGUUCGGUUCAGUGAAAAUCGUGCGUGCGUGCGUGUAUGUCGUGUUCAUUUUUUCUCUAAAAAGGGUUCGGAAAACCCCCGAAAAGUGAACGGUCGCAACCGUUUGGAACCCCGGCAGUGUUUUAUUAUUUAAAACAAGCAGUUCUUGUGGAACCGAACGUGGAAAAAGGAUUCCCCGAAAAGAAAACGGCAGUCCCAUUCGGAUGGAAAAUUGAUGAAAAGCUCAAGUGUUUUGGUGGAGCUUAGUCGUUCAGAUUGAGCGCAGUCCUCCAGCGGAAGCCAAAUAUCGGAACUAGGAAAAUAAGUGGAUAGCAAAGAAAGGAGAAGAAGCAAGAAACCGACGAGAGCGUUGGGGAACCCCUUAAUAUUACGCGUGUGAAUCCUUGUGAUGUAUUUACGGUCCAAUAGUUCCUCCUCGGGUUGACCGUGUCGUGUCGUGUGGUGCCGUAAGAAUACGCAAACCUAAAUAUUGCUGUCAGUUGUGUGCUGUUGGUUGUUUUGGUCGUGGAUGGGGAACCGAAAAUAUGCUGGACGGCAUCGUCAGUGAUGUGAACGGAAGAAACUUAUGAUGGCCCAGGAACAAAUCGUCACCCUCCGGUGCCCGACGUCGUGGUGUUGUCGUUGUUGAUCCGAGGAAUGCUGUUCGGUUUGGAUCCUGAUGUUCCUGGAGGGAUUGUUCUGCUAGACAACAACGCCGAGAGGUGAAAAAUUGUUCCAUCGUCGACAUUUUCAGGUUUCGGCAGCCGGACCAGUUUAGCACACGGUGAUGGGGGUGUACCCCCGGACGGGAGAUGCAACCACCCCAACGCUACAUACCGUCAGUUUCUGAUUUGUACGGUACAGACGAAAUAGAAUUCCUACUGGACGAAAUACGGGAUCUCGAACCAGCCUGCUGUCAGCUAGAGGACAUUCAAGACUUUGAGAUAGCUGGCAGCAGAGCAGGGGAGCUUUCAAUCUCGCUCGAAUCGCCACUCGGUACUUGCACCUCCUGGGACUCGCAUGCACAUUACCGUCAAAGGAUAGGGAACACACCUUUACCGUGGGGCGUUGCGCUGCACUGCGACGCCUCACAUCUGACCACCCCCACUGGGAUCGUGAGGAUAUUGCUGGUGAUAUCCUCGGCGGCAUGCCUGGCCUGUGAAUGUUCGGCGGGAACCGUGCAGGUGGGCUUGUUUCUACUGCCACUGAUCGGGCGGUUAAGGUUAAUGGUUUUCUGUGCACUGUUUUCAUUGUUAAUCACCUGUUUGAUGCUAUUUUUGGAUAUCUCACACAUAGCGUUGAUGUUUCCCUUCAACUGGGCUAAACUCAAUGCGUGGAUGUACCUGACAAUCGGUUUAUUUUUUCUCGUUGGCUCAUCACUGAUAAUCCAUAUGGUGUUCUUUGCUGAGGAAUUUAUGUGGGUGCCGAAGCACACCAAGGACACAUUGUUCAUAUCAGCGAUCAUAGGCUAUGUCUGCUCGAUCGAGGCCGCCAUCCUGGCAACCCUAGCCUGGUGCCCGUCCCAGUAUCGGCACGUGAUCGACGACUACAGCGACAUGUGCCUGGACGAGCGCGAAAUGAGCCCGAUCUGCAGCCACGGGCUGACAGACUUGGUGCCCAGCAAUAUCAACAGCAACAAUAACGUGGCCGGCAACAAUCUGAACAACCUGGCCGCAGCGGUGACAUCAAUGGAGGCCAACAAUGGCAACGCGAUCGAGAUGUCCAACCAUCGCAGCUACGCGAACAGUAGCAGCAAACUCGAAACGGGUGAUAGCUUGACGACACCGACGGGAAACCAGAAACCUUAUAUACCAGUGAAACGUCCCGACCAAGCCUAUAAUCAGCGUCCUACCUUAGGUAAUAUGCAGAAAUCCAACAAUCGUAACCGACGGGGUUACCACUACCAACCGAUUGCCUCAACGUCACGGCAAAGUCCGACCUUUGUGCUGGACGACGAUAUCUUGCCGGGGCCCUCUAGCCGAUCUCCCGAUUACUCUAGUGCGUGAUAACGGAGGUGCCGGUUCUUUUUUAUUCGCACUUUGGCCGAAACCAUCAAAAGCAGCUGCCGUGGGGCCGUUGAAUUAUGUAGCUGGGUCUACUACGAACCGCGGGGGUCGGGAGAAAUCCGUCGACUCCAUGGCUUGGUUGAUAGGCACCUUCGCGUAUCCGAGGCUGCUAAGCUAGCGGCGAUGCUUUCUUCUACCUUCUAUAUGUACUACCGUCAUCUUCUAUUACUACGUCUAUAACUCAAUUGAUGUAACAAAGCAUCUUGCGUACAUGAAGGCAUGAAAGGAACCAUGUUACGUUAUUUCGAACGGUUCCCCUCGAGAUAGGUCAUUGUUGCGCAUAGAUUCGCUUCUAACGCGUAGACCGGUUUCGUGCAGCGAUUGUCAAGCGGAAAAUUUGGUAUUUUUGGUGUACAUACUAGUGGAUGAGAAACUAGAAUACUCUGUUGCGGUGAGACUUUACUCACUCGAGGAGACUAAAAAGACGCAUUUGAAAUCAUUAUUCAUUAAAAAAAAAAACUAGUAAGCAGUAUCUAUUGGACGUUGAGAAAGGGAGGAAUGUUAGUAUUUUUUUUGCGUAAAAGAGCAUAUGAAUGAACAAAUAAUAACAUUAUAAAUUAUAUUAAUUUAGUAACCAAAAGAUUUCGCAAAGUAAUAACUUGUAAUAAAGCGUAAAUAAAGCGUAGUCCUUUUAGAAAUGGGACAGUUACGAAUGCGUGUAUCUCAAAAACCGUUCGUUUGAUCAAAAUACUUUCUAUGAAGAAAAUGAAGGUAAUGUUAUGAUAUUUCAUGAAAAAAUUUCAAAAAAAUUAUUUAUCGUUUUUUGUUAGAGAAAUUUUCAUUUUAUUCUUGGUAUCUCCCAUUGGCCGGCGCACACUUUUUUCAGUCUUGGUAUUGAUCAGUUUUUCCAGUUUAUAUUUCGUCAAAUCUAUAUUUGAGGUGGCUUCACCCUCCUUCUUCAAUUUCUGAAACUUUUCGGUCCAAUACUUCUCUUUUAAAAGAAACUGGAAGCAUUUUAGUGGAUACAGUAGUUUCGAAAUGAUCAAAUUUGAUUAUUUUUGACCACAUUUUUGAACGUUUUUAAUGGAAUUUCUUCUGGCAAAAUCUGACAAUAACGAAGUAAAACCAUCAUAAGAUUGAACUUGAAGUAAAAUCGGUUAGUAUAAAUCGUAGGUUGCGGAUGGUACAUACAAAAUUACUCUUUUUAGGCUUUUAAAAACAGCGAAAACCAAAGUUUUGUUUUGAAAAUUCUUGUUUUUUUUCGCAGGAGCAGAAUUUUAGCAAAUCAUUAUAAUUUUAACAAAAUAACCAGCAAAUACAUACUUUAAUAUACUCGGGAUCUUGCAACGAGCAGACAUGGUAUAUGAUUCAAACGCUGGAAUUUGUUUAAAAUAGGAUAUUUCAUAAGUUUUGUCGUUCAUCAGAAAUCAUCUGUCCCAUAGCCUCGGUACCGGCUUUACUGCUUACGAGCUCUGGAACUAGCAAAAAAUGGUUGUUUGAGGUUAAGUUUGAAUGAGUCAUCACUAGGCAACACUUUCAGCUUAUCGGAGAAAAUUGUUUUGGACAUUUCACCGAUCUACCCUUAGUUUUUCACUUAUUGAAAAUUAAAAAUGCUGGUAUGAGACUUGACUUCCCUGAUGACCCUCAACCGUAGUUGCCGAUCAUGUGCUUCACUCCAAUGCUUGAUUUGAACUUUGUGGACAUUAUUGACAGUGUUUGCAUACUUAUCCACCACAAAAACUCAGUAAUUCUUUGAAUAAUCAACGGUUUUGUCAGCUAACAAUUUGAUAAUGACGAAUUUUAAAGGAAACUGUGCAAAAUUAUUUUAUUUCUUUUUCACUUGCAUCGUACAUAAUUCAAAAACGCGUAAAUUUUAAAUUUUGAAAAAAAAUAGGUCGAAUAGUACUUUUUACAGGCAACAAAAUGCUGUCAAAAUUUUGAAUAUCCGAUAACUAGCAAACGAGCUAUUAGCAAAUGAAAGUGUCCCAUUUCUAAAAGAACUAAGCUUUAUGUAUAACUGCAAAAAUCGUUAUUUCGAAGCAAACCGAGGUGUGGGUUCGAUAAAAAAGUAUAUAAUUUCGUAAAGUAUUUAUAUAAAAUUAGCAGAAAAUACAAUUAGUCUACAGGUUUUAAAUAAGUGGCAAAGACGCGUUGUAGAUACAGUUUAAAAUACGAAACAAAUUUGCUACAAAAAUCAUCAGAACAAUUACAAUAACGGUGAAUGAUGAUUUUGUUAAAAUAAACGAGAUAAGAUAUAACUAGUAACCAAUUGAAAGUGUUGUGAGAAAUUCCAAUCACGUAUCGACAUUUCAACUGUACAUUUCGUUAGGAGAUUUCAGUAUUGGUUAUGUUUCGUUGAGAGGUCUUCUUCCUGAUGUUUACAUUAUUUGAAACUUAAGCUGAACGUACAAUUAGUGAGUUUCGUUAAUCUCAGUUGAUUGCACAGUGGGCUCCUACAAGCAUAUCGCCGUUCCUCGGUUACACUUUAUUGAACAGUAAAUUUCUUUUUUGUUUUUCUGUUGGACUUCUGUAUGGUAUGAGUCAUAUAAAACAAAAACCACAACCCAGCUACGGCUGAAGAAGGACAAGCAAUCUCAAUACUCGGUAAUACAGUAGUAGUGGUCAAUUUGAAGUCGUUCGAUGUGCAAUAUUUUUGAAAAAAAACCUAUGCUUUCCACUAUUGAUACAGCUUGCACAUCAAUCAGCAAAAUACAGCCCUUUCGCUUAGUAUCUUCCCGGUUAAAAUUAGAAAAAUGAAGAAAAAAACCAAACUAAACCAUGUAUCCGUCCCAGUAAAUCUAUUUUGUAGUCGAUACUCGGGAUUCAGUUACAACUAUCAACUCUAUAGUCGUUUUACUCUGUACUGCGAUUUAAAGCGAAGUUAUAGGGUGUUUAAUCUUCUGCCGUCCACAUUGAGGUGGCAAACAUUAGUUGCCAGCUCAACGAAAAAAAAAAAGAUAUUAAAUCAUAUAUAAUUGGAGUACAUGUGAAAACUAUAUGAAAGUAACAAACGCAAAUAACCCACAAAACUGCCCGCCACUUUUUUCUCUUAAUGCGGCCAGGUUUCGUUAGAGCAGAUUAUUCGCUACCUAGAAUCAUUCGUGACCCAUCUCUCAACUUUAUCACAAACAUCCAUUCAAGAUUAGAACAGAGCAGAUUAGAGAUAGACCGCCAUCAGCAUCACCACAUGCAGAGACAAUAAAUGCAUCCACAUUCGUUAGGCGAAUAAUUUUUGAGACAAAUGUGCUGCUUCGCAAGCCCACUGUGCCCCACUCGUUGAAAAAGAGCGAUUACCUACAUAUGUAUUAGCAAAGAAGCGCCACAAAUACCCCGAAAAUUUGCAUUUGAUUUUAUAUAUUCCCACGAAAGUGUAAAACAACAUCAACUUCAAACAACAAAACACCAUGUCACCAAAUCUUAGUAGAAAAAACAACAAGAGUCUAAAUAUCACACCCGAAUUUCGUCACGGGUCACACCGUGAACUGUUUUACAAACAAGAAAACCCGAACGGUAUUAUCAUAAAAAAUUAUAGCAACAGAAUUCGCAAUAGAAACCGAACAAUUAAUUUAUUGAUUACCGUCGCAAUUUUGUGUAUUACACGAUAGUCGAUAACCAACAAAAGUAUUAUUUUUGCAAAUCACAAACACUAAGAACAGAUCGAAACUGUUUGUUUUUUUUAUUAGAAUCACCGUAUAAUCGACGAGAUAUAUUCGUUGAAUUUGAAUAACAUACAUUCAAUUUUUUCAAUGUAAUGCUGUAUUAAUUUUGUUUAAUUAGUUUCAGGAAGUUAUGAAUGAAAAUUCAAAAUCAGAAUUCAAUUUAAAGAAAACCGUUUUUAACAUUUUCCCUAAGAGAAAAAUUGACAAACUGUGUUCCGGGGCUUUACCAAUCUAAUCAUGUUUAAAACUUUUUAUAGUUAAUAUUUCAAAUUAAAUUUUCAUUUAGAGUCAUGUGUUAUAACAUUUCUUUUUCCUUAAAUCAACUUUUCCUUCAAAAUAAUGAUGGAAGCUAUCAUCAACACUCAUAGAAAUUUAAAGGCUUUAACACGAGAGUGGUAAAAACAAGUAGAUGAAACUUUAUUAUGAAAAACAUAGAUUUAAACGAACGAACAACACUCAAACAGUUUGUACAACGUAAAAGACAGAGACAGAAAGAAAAACCUUUAAAAGAGAUGCAAGCAAAAGUUACUGUUUAAUCGAAUCUACACACAACUGAUUGGACUUCGUCAGGAUACGAGGUAUUACAAAAAAAUAAAAAAUAAAACAAAAAUCUCGAGUUUGGGGUGGGUGUUUGUAAAUAUAGGUUUUAGAUAGAUUUGAAGAUGGUUGUAGAAAAAAUUUAUAGAACACUGCAAACAAAAAAAAAGAGUAACAUACCAAUAAAUAGAAAGAACUACUGCCAAAGAAUUAUCCUGAAACGAUAGACGUCUUUAGUGAUAACUUAACGAACAAAAAAGAGACAUAACAUUGAUAGUAAUACAAGAUUUGAACAUUUAGGUUGUUUCCGCUGAUUCAAUAGAAGGCAAACGCAGAGUUCUACAGCAAAAACAGACAUUCACGAACAGCAUUACAGUAUUGAAAUAUUCUUUUCUUGGGGCAGUUACUUCAAUUAGUUUUCUUUCUGUUUUAUCUAGAUUCAUUUGAAAUAAAGUAAGGAAAAGAAACAAACAAACAAAAUCGAACUCGCGUAACACAACUCAAUGCAAGUUUGCUUCUGGGAACGACAAAAAAAAGGCACAAGCACAAACUUACGAAAUCCAAACAAAAUCAUACCAUUUUUCUAUAAUCUUCUCGUAUAUCGACAAUUUGCGUUAUCCGAAAGAAAAUCGAACUGCGCUAAAAGUAGAUCAGAGGGCGGGUGCAAUCAUCAUGUUUGAACAUUUCCUUUCUUCGAACGGCAAACACUUUAAAGACAAGUUGAAGCAAACAGCAAAAAGUAUAAUCAAAAUUAAAGAAAAAGUAAAGCGUAAAACAAAACCAAACGUCGAGCACAGAAAUUCCAUUUUAUAUACCAUGAUUUUACAGGGUAUCGAAGGAAAAUUCCGUUUCAAAUGUGAUUUGAAUAUAAAAAAAAACCAUAAAUUAUAAGGCAACAUUAAGGGAAAUGCAGCCCGGGAAAAACAGAAAUAAUCCGCUGGGAUGGACAAAGAAAAUAUGUAACUAUAUAGGACACAUUAGAGCAGAACGAAAUCCGGAUUAAAGUUUGCAAAACAGGAAAACCAAUUCAAAAUAUAUAGAUAUAUAAACAAGCAUAAUACGGUUUUGACAUAACAGACGAUGUAGAUAGAAUUGUUAUAUAUGAAAAUCAUGAGAACAUGUAUAUGGAAGCAUUUUCGAGGCAAGGCAGCAAGUCAAGCAUUUCAGAGAGAAAAUCAACGAGGAACAAGACAAUUGGGGGCCCUGUCGAAGGCAACGGAACAAGCAGUAUCAUAGUAAUUCCGAUUAAGUAAAUUUUUGAAGAGAGGGAAAACAGAACUCAUAACUGGAUUAUCUGAAAAUAUUUCUCAAUGAAUAUUAUUUAAGUGGACACUCGAAAAUACAUUUUCAAACUCAAUAUUUUAAGUUUAAAAUUCUGUUGGUGCUUUCUUCUUAAAAAAAACUAACAUGUUGUAUUCGGCAAUGUUUACAAUUGGUUGAGGUUUUGACAUGAAUUUCAUGAGAAUUGGAAUAAGUAUUUGCACCCUGCUCUGUUGGCCAAGAAAUUUGGUUUUUCUCGGUUGAUUCGUAUUGAUUCGGUUGAUUCGUUUUGAGAAAUUCAAAACCAGUUUCCAAAAACUGUCCCUCUUAGUCAAUUUUUUAACACGAUUAUCAACAUAUAAAUAGGUUUGUGUAGAUUGUACUAAAUGUUUUUCCGAAUGUCCACUUAAAAAAAGUUGAAAACCAUUUUUUCUGGUUCUCCGUAAGCCAAAGGGCAGCAUCAUUGUUCGUUCCUCUCAUCAUGGUUGAACAAAACAAAAUCAGAAAAUCUCUUAGGCAAACAUAGUCAUUUUCUUACGCCCUUUCCGAACUUUUUCAAUUUCAAACUGAUUCAAUAUACCCUAGAAAGUUGAUGUGCGACCCACGGAACGUUUGUGUAGUUAGUAAAAUCCGAUCCAUUUUUAGACACUCGAACAGCUUAUUUUUCAAGUAUCGCCACAAGAAGCUUCAACAUUGAUUCGUAAAAUAGAGCAAAGUGCCUAAUUUUUAGACGAUAUAGUCUUCUUUUCUUAUAGAUGUAUACUUACUGCACUGUUUCGGCCAAUUUUGAAUAAGUAUUAUCUUUAUCUUCUACAACGGUGCACAUCACUUCUAGUAGAACGGUACAACGGAUGCUUUCGAUUCUUUAUAAAACCAAGUUCACACGGUAUCCCUCCCACACGAGACCAACACAAUGCUUUCUAGGCAACUCUUAUUAUCGGCAUUUUAGAAUAUUUAAAAAAAAAACAAAUAGGACAGUUUUCUUUCUCCUCACAAGAAUAAAAAAUAAGACAAAAAUGUAUUCAAAACACCAAACGUACGGUUCCAUUUUGAAUAAGUUCAUAAUUUGAUUAAGUGCAUUCGAUCCAGAAACAAAAUAGUUAAGGUCAAAAACACACAAAAUCGAGUUACAUAUUUGAAACCAUUCGUUAUUCGAAACAAACGAAAAGGUUUGGAAGUUAAAAAAAAUGAAUUGUUGAUCGAGUAAAACGAAACAGGAGCAGGAUCGGAAUCGAUCGUAACCGAUACAAACGCACUUUCUUUGGACGAUAAACGGGAUGGUUCGAACCAUUAGAGUAAUAAUAGAAUACUCUGAGUACAUCACCUAGAACCAGAAGACAGGACAUUUCAUAUGCUUGACGUACAGCUAGAGAUCAAGCGAGAGAACCAGGAUAAACGAUAAAGCAAGAAUGUACGACUUCGUAGGACACACAUAAUUAACAGAAAUGGUGGCCAGGCGCGCGCGCGAGAAACAAACAAAAUAUAGUCAAAUCUUUUAAUGAGCAAGGAAUAAAGGAAAGAAAAACCAAAAAUAAAGCGAAACACAAAAACCCAAAAACCAAAUCAUUGUAAAAAUAGACAAUUCAACAUUCCAAAAAAAAAAACAAACGAUAAAAUAAAUGUUGUUUUCUUUAUUAUUUUCAA